CCUACAUCAAGGCAACCGCCCCUAUGGCAAUAGGAUAAUGAAAGGGAGUAUAUGUUCGCCCUGUAGGAGGCAGCAAUGUGCCGUAAAAGCAUCCUGUGACUAGGUCAGAAGAAGAAAGUUGUUUCAGACCGGACGUAUUUUUAUAGCACACACAGCUACCAUGGACGCUGUAUCCCAGCGUGUUUUAGAGAAUUUGACAGAAGUUGAGGAGGCAGCGGAGGAUGUUCUGACCAGUAAACAACAGAUAGUUGACCUGGACACCAGGAGGAACAGGAACAGAGAGGCGCUGAACGCACUGAAAAAUGAAAUCUCAGAUUCAGAGAAAGUGAAGGUUUGCUUUGGGAACAUGUUCAUCAAAUUUCCCAAAUCAAAGACGAGGGAGAUGAUUCAGAAAGACCAAGAGCAGCUGGACCAGGAGAUCAACGAACUUCGCAAAGGACUGAAAGCUAAAGUCAACCUUCUAAAUGAGAUGCAAGGGAAACCUGAGUUGAGAGGCUACAAUCUUUCUCCUCUGUCCAAUGAUGAAAUCAAAGCUAUCAACAGCCUUUUAUAAAGAUGACUUCAGAUGUGAGGACAUAAGGACAGAGCCUGAUGCUACUGUGACAUGCUAACUUCUGGAUGAUCUGAAG